AAUGGGAAAGCGCGGUUUUAACAUGUGGGCUUCGGCCAUGUUCUGCUUUUAAAUAAGGAAGAAGCGGGAGGCGUUAAUGCAACUUUGUGUACUCAAUAUCUCAUUCACAGAAUCGCUUACGGCUUCUGAGAAAUUCGAGUAUGUUAGGAAAAAAUAUUCACAACAGAUACUAACACACACGGGCAGCUAUUUGGAGCUCGCUUAACCUCAGAGGUAAUUAUUGCUGGGCUGGUAUCUCGCGUGUUAGCAGCUGGUUAGCUGGUUGAGCUAAAGAUCAGCGGUGAGGAUUUAUCUGAACGGGUUUAGUCGUGUUUAAGUGAAGGAUUCAGCUACUUUUAUCUAACAAAGCUGGUUAGCAGUGGCAUGCGGAUGAAGGGCAGAGGGAGCCCGCGUUUGGGACUGCGCUGACAGCCCUAACGACUUAUCCUGCUAUAAUCGAGGCUUUCAGUCUUUCAUCAUGUUUAAUAAGUUAUACGAAUGGAUCGGAACCGGAAUCGCCAGUCUGCGAAACGGAGCUCAAGCUGGUGGGGUUCAUACUGGUUCCGUGAGAGUGGAUCAGGACGGGACACUACGGAGAAAGAGACCACUAGACUGUUUGGAAGAUGGAGAUGCAGUUGAUCAGGACGAGGAGAGAGUGGUGAAGAAAUUCAGAAUGGGAGAUAUUAUGGAUACAGUGAAAAAUGCAGCUGAGGGAGUGAAAACACAUGUUGCUUUUUGGAUGAAGAACAGUGUCAGACCUAAUCCAAGGAACAUGUUGCCGACAUCACCGGGUCCACCUCAAAUAGGAAUACCAUCAGAACCUGCAGCCAAUUCCACUGCAUCAGCAUCUUUGUGGGUGGAAAACAAGUUUGAGGAUCGGUCACAUGAUAUACUUGAGGACACAUUUGUAGCUCCCUCUAGUUCAGUUGAAUGGAGAACUGUCACAAAAUCUGAUUCCUUACGGACUGAACAGUCAGUCACCAUAUCAAAAGCAAGCAGAAGACAAGUUUGUAUGGACCAUCCACCCCAAGAGAGACACAAAGCUAACGGACACUCUGUUAUCUUACCCUCUGCUUCCAUGCCAAACCCAUCCCCCUCUCCCCACUUGGGCAGAUCCCUGUACCACCGACCACACAGCUUUUCGUCAUCUCCUGAGACCAGUUCAGGACAAGCCAAUUAUACCAGCCUAUAUGAGAAGACCUUUCCCAUCCGAGUGGUCCAGAGACCUUCACAUGGCAGCUCUAAUCGUCUCUUCCAGGCCAGAGCCCGCUGUACAGCACAGGAGUCGGUGCGUGAGGAAGAAAAGGAGGUUUACAGGCAGCUUCUAGCCGUGGUGUCUGGUGGCCAGUCGACCUUCCUUCACGAUGGAAGUUCUCACUCCAGCAUUCGCUCGCAUCGAGAUUUCUCCAGCUUCCUGUCGUCCAGUCGAAGUCGUCUUCAGUGUGCCUCUCUAGCAGGCUCUGAUGCUGGAGUGUCAUCCUAUGGGUUAUCCAGUCCGCCUCCCAGCCCCCGGCCUGGGUCCAGCCAGACUUCCAGUGCCCUUCCCAGUCCUGGUGCGUCCUUUAGCAUUCCAGAGCCUCAGCUAUGGGUCCAUGACCUUGAGCCCAGUGCUAAAGGAUCAGCUGUUCCCUCAGCUCCGUCACCAGCUGCCCUUCAGGAUACCUCCUCUCAGGACACGCAGUCAUCAGCUCAUGACGGAGAUUCAGUCAUUUUUGUGAAGGAGCAGCAGGGGAAGAAGCAUGAAAGCUCAAGUGUGCCGUGCUUCCAGGCUGAACUGUGGAUCAAAGAACUGACUAGCCUCUAUGACUCACGAGCUCGGGAGCGACGGAGGUUGAUUGAAGAGCAGGAGGCUCUGGCCUCUCAGCUCUUGCACCAGCGCCUCUCUGGAGAGGGUCGAGCCGCCCGAGCGAGCAUUGAGCUAAAGCUUCGAGUUCCUCUAGAGAAGGAGGUUCCUGUUGCAGCUGUUAUCCAAACGCCUCAGCCUAUUAAAGAGGAGCCAGAAUUCCCAGAGUUAACAGAGGAUAUGGUGAAAGAGGUGAGCAGAGCUCUGAGAGGUGGCAUUCAGGAUGAGGUUCUCAGCGAGGGCUUCCGCCUCACCAUCACCAGAAAAGACCUGCAGACGCUCAACCACCUCAACUGGCUCAACGAUGAGGUUAUUAAUUUCUACAUGAACCUGCUGGUGGAGCGCAGUAAACAGCCCAACCUGCCCUCCGCUUACACCUUCAACACCUUCUUCUUUCCCAAGCUGCGGCGCUCCGGUUACUCUGCUGUCCGCCGCUGGACCAAGAAAGUGGACAUCUUUUCUGUAGACAUCAUUCUGGUGCCUGUCCACCUGGGGGUGCACUGGUGCCUGUCUGUGGUGGAUUUUCGUAAGAAGAGCAUCACUUACUUUGAUUCAAUGGGAGGAAACAACGACGAGGCCUGCAGGAUUUUAUUAAAAUAUCUGAAACAAGAAAGUGAAGACAAGAAGGGGCAGAACUUUGAUACCUCAGAAUGGACUCUAAAAAGUAAAAGAGCCAAUGAGAUUCCUCAGCAAAUGAAUGGAAGUGAUUGCGGAAUGUUCACAUGCAAAUAUGCUGAAUACAUCACCAAAGACCGGCCAAUCACAUUCACACAGAAACACAUGCCUUAUUUCAGAAGACGAAUGGUAUGGGAGAUCCUGAACCAGAAACUGUUGUGAUUGGAUGAUUAUUUUGUAUAGAACUUAUUUUGAUGUGUCGUAUGGAUACGAGGGCUCCUGUGCGCUUCAGGAACCCCGAGUCAAAUAUGGGGAUGCCCUUAAUCACCGGUCAUUUCUAUGCUGUCUAAAUGAAACUCGGGAAGUCCUCAUGCACCUAAAGGACAUAGUCUCAGCCUUUAAGAGUCAGGGCAAUGGUUUUAUGCCCCUUUAUAAUUCCCUAUAACUUGACAUGCUUUUGCUUUGCCAGCGAAUGUUGUUUGACUGACAAUGGAAGGAUGUUUCCUUAUGUCUUAAGAUGACUUCAAAUGAUCAUUUGUGUUAAUUGGCAUGGAGUGUGCUUGAUCUCAAAUCAUCUGAAGUCAUAAAUGUUACAGUAAUAUGAUCAGUUUUACACUGUCUUUUUACUCUAGGACUAGUAAAAUAUCUGGAAUUGACAAUCACGGACUCACUCAGUGGUUUUCUAAUGAAAAACAGCAGUUUACUUAAUAUUUGUGACAUUUGAUACCUGUAUGUUUUAUACAGACACUGUCAAGAUAAUUAACCAUGAAAUUAAUUUUAUUUUAAAUAAAUAACUAGGACUCAGAGUCUUCUUUUUGGAGAGAGACAAUUUUUUUUUCAGAUUAAAGUGAGUUUUGUGAUUCUUUUUUUCCCUAGAGUUAAUGAAAAGCGCUUGUGCUGCAAUGCUUUUGACUUCCGUAUGUUUUGGGAUGGAGCUCUGCCAUCACAGGGAUAUGUUUAUUUUUAUCAGUAUUUGGUGGCUUUUUGAUAACUUGGGAGUCUUCUGAUCAUUUUGGCCAACUUAUAGACAGACUGCACUUACAUUUAUUUGCUUUUUCACAACCCAGCAGUGUCAUACAUCUUGUUUUUCUGUUCUGUUCUUCCUUUUGUGUAAGAGAAAAUUUAUUUUUGGCAAAUGUUUCUAGGUUUUUUUCCCUGCAGGAUAUUGACAGUUAUUGUAUAUACAGUGACCAUAUGGUAAAACUGAAGACAUAUUUAAUACUCAUUUUGUACCUUUUAUUAUCUGUUUUUGUAUGUGGAACAGAUCUUACUGGAAGUAAAUUCCUGAGGUCAUGUGUGUAUCAGAGGAUAAAUGAAAUCAUUUCAAAUGAA